AUGCUUGGAGACAUCAAAGCAGGUCGUAAUGAUGAUAAAACCAAUGUAAUGAAUAUGAUGGAAAAAUACCCAAAGUAUAAAGAAAUAUACGAACGUAAAUUAGUCCUUUGGGAUGAAUUUAGGAAGUCUUUUGACAGCCUUGAAAAAGUGCAGCAAGCAAUAAUGAUCAUUGAUGUGGUGUUAGACGAAUUAGAAGAUGAACUACAGAACACAAAAAAAAGAUUCUCUGAAGAUAGUGAUGACUACUGGCUGCUGGGAUCCAACUUCACUGCUGCUGAUGUAUACGUAGCAGUUUUACUAAACCGCCUUCGAUUUGUAGGGCUACAUCAUCACUUCGAGUCCAAGCCACUGAUUACUGCAUACUGGAAGAGAUUGCAAAGUAGACCAAGUUUUCGAGUUGCCUGUCUUCCUAGUCUAUACCCUUUAUUAUUUUAUUUUAUCGGCAAUCAAAUUAAAACAUAUGUUCCAGUUGUAAUUGGGAUAGGUGUCAUUGCUGCUGCUGUCAUCUAUGGGAGAAAAUACAUGAAAUGAAACCAAGUCGUGCAAUAUGUUGUUAAUCCGGGGACUUUGUGGACUGGUGUUUCUAGGAAAUGGUUAAUAGCAUAUUUUGCAGCAAGAAUUUUGCACCAAUGUAUUGGUUCUUAAAAUUUACUUUUCACAGCACAAUAACAUAUUUUGAUAGCCACUAGAAUUAAUAUAUAUGUCUGUACAGAUGUAGAGAAAUAAAAAAAUAUAUUUGAUUUAUUCGCAAAAA